AUGGUGGUGCAGAACUCAUCUCAUAAUGUGGAUUCAAAAUUGAACAAAAAUGGGAACCAAAAUGAAAAUGAAAAUGAAAAUGAUACAAAUAGACAAGGCCAUUACCCUUCCCACAAUCACAGUGUGCCAAAUUUGAACGUUGACAAGGACAAUCUAAGCGAACCCUACAACAACUCCGGCUUGUACAGCGGGAACCAGCAAACUCAAGCUACCUCAGUCAAACCAAAUUACCCAAAUAAUUAUACUCCUGAUGCCCCACUGGACUCACCCCAUUUUUACAACCCAAGUAACCAAAUAAAUGGAGCAUUUGGCAAUCCAAAUUCUCGGCCUGGUACAACACAGCCUGGCUCUAUCUAUAUAGACCCACAGUGGGGAAAUAUGAUGUUCGAUGCUAGUGAUGCUGACUACUUGUACAAUAUAGAAUUACCGACGCACAUAUCUCAACCAGGGAACAACCCGGGCGUUAAUAGUGCCAACUCCGGCAUAAUGCACCAUAUACAAUAUCAGAAUAAUGUCCAUCCUGAAGUAAACUAUACACAGUCUCAGGAGGAAACUGGGACUCAAGAUCAACCACCCCAUCUUCUGCCAUAUAAGGAGUCAGUGAGUCAAACGGAGCUGCCACAUGCAUCCCUGAAUCUGCAACCAAUAGAUCCAGCUUCAAUUCCACAGGGUCCAAACCAACAAAAAUCAACAAAACAACGACGUCCAUGUGACCAGUGUCGACGGAGAAAAACAAAGUGCGUCAUUGUGCCAAAUACAAACAACUGCGUUCAAUGUGAAGCAAAGCAAUUGACAUGUACUUACACAACUCCAGCAGCGAAACGAAAGGCGUCUGAAAUGGGGCAGGAUACUCUAAAAAGAGGGAAACCAAAUGAGGCAAUGCCUACUGACAACACUCAAAUUCCAGAUGUGCCGAUACGAGAGGUUGCUCCAGUUCAGGACUACUCAGCCAUGAAUAACUCCCUACUUAAAAAGACUUUAUCGUUGCAGUUCCCACGCUCAAGUUUCUACGUUGGUCCUACAAAUUACUUGUACGAUGUGAAUUUAUUAAACACCAUCAUUGACUCACGUAAUCGUAACAACAACUUGGGAGGAGCUACGAAAAUUGAACAAGCCAAUUUGAGCAAUACAAUAUCGUUAAGAAAGGUUAGUGAUAAAGUGCACUUUGUGUUGAAAGAUGACCAGUCGCCGCAGUCCUACCAAACAAUGUCAAACGAUGUUGAUACCAUUGAAAAACUCAUUUCUCCGCAUGGACAAAUCUUGAUUGAUUUGUACUUUAGAAUAAUCCACCCAUCGUAUCCCAUUGUACAUAAGAAGGUGUUUUUGGAAAAAUAUGCACGCACUCAUCGGGAAUUUACCGCCCCUUUAAUAGCAGCGGUAUAUGUUCUAGCAAUUCAGUGGUGGGAUUAUGAUCCUCAAUUGAAUAGGUUUCCGAAACCGAAUGUGGAACUUAUACUAAAAAUCGGGCUCAAAAAUUAUCUCCAGGAAAUCCUUAAACGUCCAAAGUUGAGUGCGGUGCAAGCAGGAUUAUUGCUACUACAGUGUAAGCAUAUUAUCAGCUGCAAAGCUGCAAACAACCAAGUGCAGAAUAGUGGAGACGCGGACUAUUCGGAAUGGGUUCUUUGCUCUCAAGUAGUAUCGUUGGCGGAAGAAUUGGGGCUUGGUUUGGACUGCAAUAAUUGGAAAUUGCCGAAAUGGGAGCGAGGCUUGAGGAAACGAUUAGCAUGGGCAGUGUACAUGGAGGAUAAGUGGCUUUCAUUAAAGGACUCGCGCCCAUCCCAUAUCAACGAAAACAACUGGAUUGUUUUACAAUUGUAUGAGGAGGAUUUCCCAGAUAAGCAUGGCGAUGGGGACUUGAAAGAAGGAUCGUCUGAUUUGGAUACUGGGAAAAAAGUAUUCACAAACUUGAUUGCGUUGUCAAAGAUUUUGUCAGAUAUUUUGGAUCAAUUCUAUUCAAUGAAGGCAAUGAGGGAGAUUACCGAUAUUGGCGAAGUUUUGAGAUUAGCUAAACCGUUACAAUUACAGCUUCGAAAUUGGUUUUAUUCUUUGCCCAGUGAAUUGCAGAUGAGCUUGGUACAGCCAAGAAAAUUGUGUUCCAAUGGAUAUUUACAUUUAGCCUAUUUUGCCACCGAGUUGACCUUGCAUAGAAAAAUCACCACCAUCAUCUACCAGCAAUCAAAAGCGGGUAAUCCACCACCUACAGAGUUGGUCAAUGUGUGUCGCUCGGCAGCUAAAACACGCUUACUAGCGUCAAUUGAGUUUGUGCGCGACUUGAAACCAGAACAUAUACACUCCUUUUGGCACUCUUCAUCAUCGUCCAAUUUCACCUUGAUUGGUACUUUUGCCGCGAUACUAUUCAUCUCUUCGCCGACACAAGAAGAGGCUGAUUUUUAUCGUGAUCAAAUAUUCAAUUAUCGUUGGAUCUUGAAAAUUUCAUCAAAAGGAUUUGACCAGGUGGCAGAGGCAUUAGCCCAAUUAGACUUGGUGUUGAGAAAUAUACCUGGUUUGCUCAAUGAUAAUAUUGACAUGCCUAUGGUGCUUCCAAAUGUGCAAGAUCAACAAGCAGUGUCACAAACGAGUCAAAGCAAUAGCCCAUUCGCAGUUCCGCAAAAUCAAGCCACCCCGCAGCUGCAACAACAACUGCAACUGCAACUGCAACUGCAACAACAACUGCAACAACAGCUGCCACAUGCAUCAGUGCGCCCCACCCCUUCGUUUGAUGGUAAACCUACUAAUCAGCAAAGGAUGAGAAUGCCUUCUAAUUUGCGAGACUCGCCAUACAAUUCGCCUCAGAGCUUUUACACACCUCCCUUUGUUCCUUCUCCUCAGAACAAGGUCGUUAAUUCGCCUCAUACGUCACAAGGAAAUACGUCGCGAGCAGUGUCGCCCAAGGCAUAUGUCAAUAAGGUACCAACCUAUGCAGAACAAUCUCCCCAUUCGUCUCGCGUCACCAAGUCUCCAGAGUCAAGUACAAAGUGA